AUGUCUUCGCUUGUUAGAGUUUGUGCAACUGUGUUCUUGUUUUACGCUUGCGGUUUGUAUGGUAGUCAUAUGACUACCAAAGCGGCAGACGCCUGUGCUCAAGCUCUUCGUGCCUUAGAGAGGAAGAUGCUUAAAAGGUUUGAUAAGCUUGAGGACGGAGUAUCCAAGUGUUGUAGACCGCCUCCAAAAGAAACGUAUGCCUCCUGUCGGGAAAUUUACUUGAGUCACAAUUUUCACAAGUCCGCAGGAAAUAAAGCUUAUUCGCUCAAAACUCGCGGUGGAAAAAUCCCUGUUUAUUGUCACAUGACCAGAAAUGGAAUUGGAAAAUGUGGAGGUGGGGGAUGGACUCUAGUCAUGAAAAUUGAUGGCCAUAAGCGAACAUUCCAUUACGAUUCCAGCUAUUGGACCGACAAGGCCUCCUUCAAUCCUCAGGGAGGAGCGACUGGGUUCGAUCAUCGCCAGACCAAGCUACCUACCUACUGGAGUACACCAUUCUCCAAGAUCUGCCUCGCUAUGAAACUCGGUACAGAGAUGAGAUCGUUUGUCGUCCACAUGCGAGCCAACUCUCUCCACUCGCUGAUCGCUGAUGGGAAAUAUCGAAAGAUAUCCAAGGGUCGAGACACGUGGAAGUCGUUGAUUGGUCGGAGAGCAUCGUUACAGGAGCACUGCAACAGAGAAGGGUUCAACGUAAUGAGUGACUCGGGACCAGGCUCGAGUAAGGCCAGGAUCGGAAUCCUUAGUAACAAUGAAAACAACUGCUGGAGCUGUGACUCGAGGAUAGGUUUUGGCACAGGGAGCCCAAAAUGGAGAUUCCUUAACUCCAACACGUGCGGCAACUCGCACGGCUAUGACGCUAAGGUUCAGAUCAAAACCAUGGGGUACAUUCUGGUGCAGUGA